UCAGUCAGUAGUCAACUGCGUCCCCAGACGAUCGGUCGCCGUGAUGCUCGCGGUUUUCUGUCUGCUGCUCGUCCUCGGCCUAGGUCACUGCCAGGACAAUGAUCUCCCGUCGAAAAUCGAGAUCGAGAGCUCGAUUAACCGCACGAUCGAAGAAGUGGAACGUCAGCUUCGCGAAGACCCCAGACUGCCCAGGUUGACGCGUCAGGAGAUAGUAAAGUUCCUUCAGAACAUUACGUCUCAGGAUAUAAAGGGUCUCAAGGACAAAGAGCAGGUGGAGAAGGCUAGGAAGUUGUACCAGAGGGCGUUGAUGGUUGUUCUGCCCUACAACGUCGAGGAAUCGAAUGAAAACUUGAAUGAUCUGUACACGAAGCCACCAAUGGUCCAAAUGAUUCCAGAUUUGUUAAAAUCGGAAAACAAGGCUAAAAUCAGCGACGACGAAAGCAGAAAGGAGGCUAUUAUCGAUCUAUCCACUUUAUCCACUGCUGAGAAUCUGGUACCAACUCGAAACUCCCAUAAAACGAUUUUGAAAGACCCACUAUCCACCACCGCGAAGGGACAGUACAAAAAUCACCGGGAGACUUACUCGGAAGUGCGUACGAAGGCACCUUUAAAGGAGACGCUGAAACUGGACACCGCACCGGUUAGGUUCACCUUCAACCUCGAGAAUCUCCAGAAGAACGAGUUUACGACCGAGAAGACGACGACAACCAGGUAUCCAGUUUACAGGAAUAACGGGAAUAAGCAUUCGGAUUUGGACAUUGUCUACAGCACUAGCGUAACCGAGGAACCUACCACGAAGUCAGCGUCCAAGGAGAUUACCAUCGAUCUAGGACAGUCUACGACUAAUCAUAAUGUCCUGACAUCGAAUCAGUGGCGUUAUUAUGCACCACCGAGUACCACUUUGAAGCCAACCAUGCCGUCCAAGUUCGACAAGGUCCCAUUUUUGCCUACCAUUAACGCAGACCCUGAAGAUCCUUUUACCGAGAUCUCCACCAGAAAAUCAGAAGUAGUUUCUAUGGAUUCGAAGACUGCAGAAGCAUUAGUUAUGAACACCGAAAGGCCAACAGCUCUAUUUGUGACACCUAUGUCGACAGAAACGUCCCCUAAGGUGAAGUACAGUUCGACUUACUCUGUCCACUCUGCAGGAUUUCGAGCAUCCACGUCUACGACUACUACCACUACCACUUCGAUGCCUAUGAGACCCGAGGUGAUGGAUCUUUUGGCUUCUAUCGGUCUGAGUCCAGAUAAUAGUAGCAAUGUGGAGGAUGUCUACAAGAAGAACAAGGACAUUCUCGAGAAUAAAUCCCAAAUUCUUGAUACGAAUGGUGUGAUACCGGAUACAGUAUCGGGUCUAACUUCGACUGGUCCCAAUCCCGUGUCGAUUCUCAGUCAGAACACCUUCGAGAGUCCAGGCUCGCAGAUAAAAAAAGGCGUGCAGAAUCUCACGCCCGAUGUACAGCUGCUGUUCCAGAGAUUUGGUCUCCAAUCCCCGAAACUUGACCAAUCGACCACCACUACCGAGAAGACAAUCAUUAAUUUCAAUCAAUACACAAACUUCAAGCCUCUGCCUACGUCCAGCGUGAAAGACCAAGGGAUGAGGGAGUUCUUGGCGCGGUUUGGGUUAGGGGUCGGCGAGAGCAGGAGCCAGAAGUCGAUGAAACAUACGACGGAAACUCCCUCGAUGAUCGAGGUUGUUCCAGGUAACAUGAAAGGCAUCCUGGAGAACAUGGGAUUGAUAUCCAAUUCUCGCAAGCCAACGAAAUUUGCACCAAAGAAGACAGAUGACAUGGAGUCUACAGAGACGACCAAGUUCCACGUGUUCAAGCCGCACGAAGUGAACGUGGACGACGAAAAGCAAAGGAUCAAGAUCAACGAGCUCUUAGAUACAGUAAAACUGGUCCAGGAAGGUAAAGUUGAUAUUCAGAAUGUUAAAAAGGUGGCGAACGAUUUGUUAGAGACCACCAAGACGCUGAAGGACGGACCUGAUCCUCUGAAGCUGGAAGAGAUCCUCAAGACAUACAACGAAGACAUCAGGAACGAGAUUAAGAGGCAACAGGAGCCGGAGACCACCACUGCUGAGACGACCACGGAACAAACGACUCUACCUUCGAUCGCUACGACUGAGACGGCAGACGCGACGACAGAUUCGGCGAAAGCGGCAUCUGAUCAAAAUGGCGCCACCACGACACCUGCGGCUGGGGUGUCUUCGACGUCCACGAACCUGAUGGCGUUGGAGGAGUCUUUUGGAGGGACGACCAGCGUGCCGGACACAUCUUUGCCACCAAGAAGGAAGAGUGGUCUAUACUUCCUGGUCGACUGGAACACGUUCCUCGAGGUUGGCGAGGACGACAAGGAGAAGAUCAAUCUGAGGUUCCAGCCGAAAGUUGGCGAUCGGACGAGAUUCCUGCCAGUGACUGUACCUUAA